CGGACAGACCGGAAGCAGGUUGUUGUGAGGAGAAGAUGGAUCCAGUUCAUAGUUGUUGACAAACUGUGUUAUGAUGCCUUCGCGGAACAACGCCGCUGCUGGGGGCCCCGGCAGUAAAGUGAAGUACUCCAAGCUUGCAAACAGCGACGAAGGUUACAUCGACCUGCAGUUUAAGAAACUUCCAACAAAAGUUCCAUACAAAGCAAUUGCACUUGCAAUCAUCUUGUUUGUGAUUGGCUCAUUGCUGAUUACUAUUGGUGCUCUGCUGCUGACUGGGUACAUCAACAGUUCGUAUAGUGACACAACCUGGCCAGUGCUGAUCAUCGGAAUCCUGGUUUUCCUUCCUGGCUUUUACCAUCUUCGGAUUGCAUACUAUGCCUCAAGAGGAUACAGAGGCUACUCCUAUGAUGACAUCCCAGACUUUGAUGACUGAACACUGUUCUCUUCCUUUGACUCACAGAUGUAUGCAGUCUGCUCCAAGGCUGUUUGUAAUGAAUAGUAUUCGACAGCACUCUUUCCUCAUGGCUCAACUGCACCAGAUGGAAUUCCAGCUGUGUAACAAUAAUGUGGUUCGCAAGGGCCAGAUUCAUUCUCCUGCUAAUCAUAUCUAUAUUUGAGAUUUUGACUGUCAGUACUUGAAAAUCUCAGUUUUUAAUGGGUUUUCCAAGUCGUUCCUUCAUCCAGAAAAAUGUUUGUUACCAAUAUGGUGAUCAUGGACUGGUGAGUUUCUGUUGGAGCAGGCAGGCUCCCAGCUCAAAUUAAGUUUGUGCAGCAUCAGCACUGCAACAUGGGGCACCAGCCCAAGAAUCUGAAAUCACACCCCAUCAGUAUGACCGUGAGCAAGAAGAUACUACAUUGUUUCUCCAACAUUAGUAAAAUCUAUUGAAACUGUUGAGCCAGACUUUAAUUCAUUUGUUUCAAAUAAAUGGGACAGGGUAUUUCGAACACGUGUUUCCUCGGAAUGUCAUAAAUAUCCAAUAAAGUAGGAAUAAGUUACAUUUAAGCAUUGAACCCAA